AUGAGCGGCGGGCGUAGCGGGCGAUCCGCCGUGAAGAUGGAGGCGCCGUUUUACCCCGAGGAAGGACUGGAGCUGCUACCCGACUUCGUGCCGCUGCUGGGUUUCGGUACCGCCGGCGGACCGGGAGCCGAUGCAGCGGCGGCGGCGGGGCAGAAGCUGCUGCUGGGCGCCGGGAAGAAGCGGGACCUGGCGGCCGCCGCCCCCGCGCCACUCCCGGGGCCCUUCGCCCUUCGCCCGCCCGCCGGCGCCCGCGCCCCGCCGCCGCCCGGCGGCUCCGCGGAGCCGGCGGGCGGCGGCGGGGCGACGGCGGCGGCCCGCGGCGGCCCGGAGGCCGCGCUGGGCUCGGCUGCGGAGCUGCCACUGCUGAAACUACCGCCGGCCGCCGACCUGGAGCAGCUGCUGAUCCAGGGGGGCGCGGGGCUGGGGUCCGGCAGCCCGGGUCCGGCGGCGACCGGGGCAGGGAGCGGCGGGGCAGCGGCGGCGGGGCCGUUUCUCUACCGGCAGCCGGUGACGCAGGAGCAGGAGGGUUUCGCCGACGGUUUCGUUAAGGCCCUGGCCGACCUGCACAAGCAAAACCAGCUGCUGGCGGCGCCGCCGCCGCUAUCCGCGCCGGGACCCUGCUGCACCGCCCGCCCGGGGCCGCCGGGAGCCCCCGCCGCCGCAGACCCGCCGGCCGUCUACACCAACUUGAGCGGCUUCAACCCCGCAGGGCCGCUGAGCCCCUCGGGCAGCGCCUACCCCGCCGCCUCCGCCCCGCCGCCGCCGCCGCCGCCGGGCCUGGCCUUCGGGGCGGCGGGUCUGGGGAGCGGUCGGCUGCCGCCGGCGCGGUCCCUGGAGGAGCCGCAGACGGUGCCCGAGGUGCCGCCGUCGGCGGGCGGGGAGGGCGGCAGCAGCGCGCCGACGCCGCCGUCGCUGUCGCCGCUGGACGCGGAGAGCCAGGAGCGGCUGAAGGCGGAGCGCAAGCGGCUGCGGAACCGCAUCGCCGCCUCCAAGUGCCGCCGGCGGAAGCUGGAGCGCAUCGCCCGGCUGGAGGAGAAGGUGAAGGCGCUGAAGGGGCAGAACGCCGAGCUGGCCGCCACCGCCAACCUCCUCCGCGCCCAGGUCACCCAGCUGCAGGGCCGCGUCCGCAGCCACCUCUCCUCCGGCUGCCACAUCAACGCCGCCGGCCAUCCUCCUCCUCCUCCGCCCGCCGCCGCCGCCGCCUCCCAGCCCCGGGAGGCGCCCUCCGAGGCAGCCGCCGCGCCGGAGACCAGCGCCUGCUGAGGAGGGGGGAGGCCCCGCCGCCAGCCGGCCCCAUCCCCGCCCGCCGCCGGGGCGGCGUGGAGGCACCGCGGGGCCGAGGAGCUCGCCCGCCGCCGCCGCCGCUCUUCUGUUGUUUUAUUCUUAUUAUUAAUUAUUAUUAUUUAUUUGCGCCCGGAGAAGGCGGUUGCAGGAGUCGGGUGUCGCUAAGCAUUUGCCGAGGUCUGUCGAUGUUGCACACAGCAGCGAAGGUCUCCGUGGGUGGUUUGGGGGCAGGUGGUUGUAUUUUUCCAGUGAAGUACUUGAGCUCUGCAGAGAUUUCGGAAACUAAGGAAAUUCCUGUUUACAGAAAGAUUCAACUUUAUUUUCAUGGGGGAUAUAAAAAGUGUGUUUCCUAAUACACCUUACUGAACUGUAUAGCAAUGGAUAAGCUUUUCAAACUUAAAAAAAAAAAAAAAAAAGCCAGAAUCGUACCCUUUUGAAAAGAUGUGCGUGUAUAUAUAUAUUUAAAACAUAAUAUGGCUAUGUAUAUUUUCUUGGUAUUGAUAAAGAACUUUUUUUAAAAUACCGUCUUUCUCUAGAGCUUUAAUUUGCCACUGAGAGUUAAGACAACUGUGUGGGUGCUCUUGCACUUACACAGCUGCAGUUUUAAAAUCGAACCCUGGAGGGAAAUGAUUUUUGUUGUAAAUCUUAUGCAGGAUGAAACGCAUUGCUGACUCAGUCAUAUGAAAAUACUUUUCUAAACUGUACGCUCCAUAUUUCUUGUGCCAGUGCAAACUUGGGGCAUUGAUAGUUAUUUAUUGAAACUUGAACACUUUUGGACAUUGCCUAGACCUUAUUUUUCUAGAUAACAUGUUAGUAGUGGAAAUGGUUACUUUGGCAAGAAGAGCUUUACUUUUUUUUCCUUCACUGUGUACAUUCCAGUAGUGUUAGCUCUUUACAUGGUAUAGUAACAAUUUAGUGCUAUACAGAAAAGGGCUGAGGUUUGGGGCGGGUUAGCUAUAAAGGUGGUAAUUCCAUUGUAUUCUGUUUGAAUAAAUCACAGAAAUAUUAUGGAGAAGUAGAUUUAUUUUUCAGUAGAAAUCUCUGUAUCUUGCUUCUUGGUCUGCUUUGUUCUGAAGAAACUUUCUGCAAUACUCUAGAGACAGAAAGUCAGCGCUAGAACGUGAAAUGUUUUUCUGGUUGGGAAGAAUUGGUGUGAUUUAUUUCUUUGUCAAGAUUUUACUAGUAGAAGAGAAUAGCGAAGAAACUAUUUCCUCUGAUUAGACAUAAUCCUCAAUAAGUUUUUGAAAGCUUUAGAUCCCUUGCUCGGUACUACUGCCUACCUUGCUUCUGCUGCACCUGUGUAUUUUGAGCAUAGCCGCUAACGCCGCGCUGUCGAGCCCUGUGGCGUGGUGCAGUGGGAAGGGUUUGUCGGAGUGUGAGGGUCACCCCACCAGAAGCCCCUUGGUGCGGGGGCCGCGGGCCGGGCCUGCCACUGGGGGAGGGCAAGGGCUUCUCCUGAGCAGAUCCAGCUGCAGAGCGGGGCCCGCUCCCCUCUUUGAAACUGUGCUAAAAACUCUGCUUGAACUCAGAGGCAAAACUUACAUGGGGAUACGUGUCUGUGCCAGCUCGUGAAAACUGGGGAUUGCACAAGGAUCCAAGGGGGCAUAGACAUCCUUAUGUGUACAAGCCAUUGCUCAGAUCUGUUAAACCCACUCAGGAGCUAUUAAACAUCUCUUACUUCUUUUGAAGGCUACACUUGAUGCUUUGAAAUUCAAGAAGAAUGGGAUAGACUCACAGUUUUUCUUGCUUUUAUUGGGGAUAUGUGAGUGCUAUCUGUUCAGAAAGUUGAGCUGCAGCAGUCAAGUGUAUGAGCUUUUUCUUUUAGUGCAUAGUCAUUCCUGGCACGCGUGUGAAAUGACAUGACAAUGCGUAGUAAUUGUGUUAUUGUAGCUGAGAUGCUCUGAGGAUAUUUCUUUUCUUAAUGCAUAUGCAAAUUAGGUAGAAGCCAUAUUAGUCAUUGUAUAACUGUUUAAUCAUGUCACUAGAGCCUUUUUCGGUGGUUGAAAUGAUUGUCUGUAACAGUACCUUCUGCUGUUAGAAAUACUAGUGAACAGAUAAAAAAUUAUUUUGAUCUUAACACAGGUUUAAAGACUUCUUAAAGGUAUUCUGAACCCAAGAGCAUACAAUCUGUAGCACUGCCUGUUAUAUAAUAACUGGGUGAAAAAUAACUGGUUUUUACUAUGUGGCAGGCAUCACCUAUCUGCAAAGAUGCUGCAAGACUGGAGAAACUGAUAAAGACUUUUUCCACACACACACACACACUUAACAUGCUUUCCCUACUGAGAGAGCUAAUGCUGCCUGGUAGAUACAUUGAUGUGAGAUGCUUAGCUUUACUGUGUGUGUAGUGAGGUGGGGUUUUUUUAAGAAAUCCUGGAAAAGUUAUUAAAAAUUACAUGGGUGGACACUGCUGUUUCAGUUCUCGUAUUUGCAAAUGAAUGUAAGGCUAGGGAAAGAUCUUGCAGUAGGACACAGGACAGUGAUAAAUGCAGCUGUGCAGUACUUGUUCUUUACUUAUUUUACCAUUUCUGGUCAGAAUAAAUUAGCAAUGUCCAAGGAGAAGUGGGGGAUCCAUAAGACACAAGGAAUCCCUGCAAUUCCCCUUCCAAGCCAAGGGCAGGGCUAUAAUGGGCUAUAACCUGGCAGGAAUAUAAUGAGCUCACCCUUUUCAGCAUGGUAAUGUUAAACCUGAAAACCACCACGUUAGCUCUUUCCUAUUUGAACUUUCUGCAAGAGCAGUCCUGCGUCCAGCCUCUCAAAGAUCUCAUGUGGUAACUUCUUUGAUAGCCUGCUUUAUGUUCUAGCUGACAUCUGUUAGGUGGUAGAAAUGCUGACAGGCCAGCUCCGUUACCCUGAUGACUGAUGAGAGGUUACUAGUGAGGCUGGCGGCUCCAGCUCUGCCAGAGGCUGCUACUGUGAUACUAGAGUUGUCCGAAAGAAAUAUGUUCCCUGUAGCAUGACAGGUUACCUUCAUAAAUGCCUUCUUUUAUCUGGUGUUUGGGCUAAGACACAGGAUCUAACAGUGAUGUGACGAAAAUCUGAGAAUAGUGGGGGGGUGGUUGGGUUUUUUUCCCUAUUGAUUCUGCUGGAGGUUGCUGCACCUAUUGCAGAGAUAUGGGUGGAUAACCUGAGCACCUAACAGUUUAAACCAAUAUAACAAGACUCAGGAGUGCUUGCCUGCUGCAGCCCUCAGGCUUGAUUGUUACUGUCUUCUAAAAUGUAUCAUUACCCCUGCAGUGUUCCUAAAUCUUUAAAUAUGUCUUCUUUAUUUUGUCUUUCCUUUUUUCUUCAGUUUGUUGCAGCAUUUUUCAUGUCUGUUUCUUUUAGGUUUUGAUUUUCUGCCUAAAACUUUGGUCACUGUGAGAUGCUAAAAGAUAGAUAACUGGGUAAAAAUUUUCCAGACUGUUUAUAUGAUUUCCAUCAAUGUAGCUCCUUUUCAGUAACUGCAGGCAAGUUGGCUGUGUAAGUGUCACUGUGAAAAAAAAAAAAAAGGGAAAAAAAAAAGAAAAAGUCAGUUUAUGUUCAGUGGAACCUCAGCACUUUUUAGCAUUUUUCUUCAUCCUUCAAAACUGUACCAUGUUUUGUUAUACUUGUUCACACUAUUUGCUAGUCCUUAGAAAGAUUCUCACUGCAUGACUUGAUUUGCAGGCUACCCUCAUGCCCUUCUGAUCUGGUUUUGCAUUCCAGGUGCAAACCCAUGACAAAUAAACAUCCCUCUUUGUUUCUUUGCCUUCUGUGUGAUCUCUGCUCUGGAAAUUAUGCAAUCCCUUCCUUUGCCUGUUUAGGUUGGUGGAUGCUUGGUCCUCUGCAUCAUGCUUGCUGCUCAUGAGCAGAUUUUGAAUGUGCUUGAACCGAUGUCUUGAUAUAGAUGUGAAGUGCCUUCCUAUUUAGGUGCUACAGCAAAACAGUUUGAUUCAUAAAUGGCUUUCGUUUCUUUGAAUUGUUAUCAGAUCUCUUCUGUCUUGGGGAGUAGGAGGAGGAGUGUCUGUGGUGAGGGAAGUCUUGUUCACUCCUCCCUUGGGCAGAGGGAGGAGCUCCCAUCAGAUCUGCCCCUGCUUGCAGUGGGUGCAGGGAAAGUACUCCGCUCCGCCUGACUCAAAUGAUGUCAUUGCUCGAAAAUUUCAUUGGUUUGCUCCCCAGCGUAGAACGGGUAGUGAAAUCUGUCAGUAUCACAAGGUGUCCAGACAGGUCUGGGUGGUUGGUGAGUGGUUCUCAGAACUUUCACUGUGACUUCCAAGCUGCGCCCAUUUGGCAGGCUUAGAGAGGAAUUCCCGAAACAUAGGUAAUUUGCAUACUUUGAGAAGUGUAGGUGUUUGGGGAUGAUAAGUCCUGAUUACUGAGAGGGGUGAUUCUGGUGGUGACAUUUUUGUCAUGAGCCUUUGAUGGUCUUGCAAGAGGUAAAUACCUCAAAGGAUUUGGACUCUUCACUACUGACUGUCAUGCACUGUUCAAGAUCAAAGGGUGGCCCUACUACAGUUCUGUGUUAUCUUGGUUUGUGUUUAUGUCAUUACUGAAGGAAGAGUCAUGAGGCAUCCUUUUUUUUUCAUUUAAAUAUCGAUUGACUGUGUCCAUCUCACCUUUGACAAAGGAGUGAUCUCCCAAAGUUAAGCCCUGAGACAUUCUGCAGUUUGCAGCUGUUAAAAUGGAAAUUUUAUUUGGCAGCUAAUUUCUAAUCGGUUACAUGGCUUGAUGAUACUUUCCAAAUUAUUGUAUAGUGGUGUUCGGUGGUGUCUGUAGUACAGAUGCAUGCGAUGUCUGAAUUACUAAUUGUGCUGAAAAUAGUGAUUUGGCUGCCAUAACCUGAGUCUUGGCUAUUUGAAUCCAGUAGCUUCUUAGAGAAAAUUUCUCUAUAUCUGAAAUUAAUAUGCAAGAAAUAAAAACCAUCUACUUGUAACAGAAGUCAUUCUUCAAUGCAUUUUAUGUGUCCUUCUGCUUCUGAAGUGUAAGUUAAAAAAGAAAAAGCGAUGAGUUAUAUUGUCAUUUAUUCUUAUGUGCAGCUGUAACUGCUGGUGGAUAAUUUCUUUCCUUACUUGAUUCUUUAAGUUUCUAUGUUUAGCAAGUAGACAAAUUGGAGUAUGGCAUAUCUGUGUGCAUAUUUGAUUUGUACAAAACCCCUUCCGUUUUCCAAAUAUUUUGUUUUGCAGUUUUACUGUAACUGAGAAAGAUUUCCUAGGCUGUUUUGACACUCUUUGUUCACUUCAUCUGAUCAGUAUUGUGUGCAGUGACUGUGCAUCUUCCAGCAGAGGUGGACAGUAAGAUCUGUCAGGGAUUCACCUUUUUUAACAUUUGGCAAGACCUUUAUCAGCAGAAAAAGCCUUGAACAGAAAGCUUUCACAGUGCAUAAUAAUCCUGCAAAUGUUGACUGAUCUUUCUAACGCCACAGUCUCUUCUGUGGGGCUGCAUAAUGGUUUACUGAAAUCUGAAGUUUCUUAUAAACUUGUUAAUAUUACUGCACAUAGUGAAACUUUACUGUGAAGGUGUUGGUGAAUUAAAUCUAAAUUUAGGGAGACUUAGGCCGUUACAGUGCAUUAUGGGAGACAAGAGGCCUUAUUAAUUCUCAGCUACUCCUGUCCUGUGUUUCAAAGAUCUCGCUCUCUUUAUCCUGCCUGUGAAGUGGCUUGCAGCUCUUUGUGCUGUGAAACUUACCUCUUCAUAAUGGCUGGUAGUAACUCAGAGGCGGGACAGAAGCAACUUCUGCAUGAAGUGGUCAUGUGUGACAAACUAAAUGUAGGUUUCUGAAAAACACUGCAACAGUGAGUGCACAGUGGAGAACCUGCUGUUGUCCAUGUGUUGCCAAGAGAAUCUAGAAACUUACACACCUAAUUCAUAACAAGGGUGGCUUUCCAAGACACUGUCCUGUUGACUUGCUAGAGGCAUUGAUCCUUGCUGCUUUCUUUAGUCUAGAAGCAGUUUUCCUAAGCUAUUGCAUACCAGAAGGUUUACUUUCUGCAUCAGUAUAGUCACAAACCGGAUCUCUGCUUGGAUGUUGAAACAGUCCGCUGCAUGUAGGUCAGCCAGAAUGCCAUGCUCUAGCUGUCUUCGCAGGGUCCUGCUGAGGAAACAGUGGCGGGGAGAGGAAGGAAACCAGUCUAGGAUCUGUAUCUUCACACCAACGCCGUGUUUUGAAAUGCAACUUUCUGUUGAGCGGUCUUGACAAAAGUGUAUCACUGAUGUAAAAGCACUGAAUCUUGGUCUUGUGCCUGCAGGGGACAUGAGUUCUUGUGCUGGAGUUCUGCUUUUGGUGGUAUCCUCUCAACUCAGUGCCAGCCACUGUUAGGGGAAAAGGCAGCAAGUCCAGCCUUUAUGAACAAAUUCUUCUGAAGCACACAGAUAGCCGCAAACACAUGUCAAGGUGUUGUGCACAGACACUAGCAUGCAUAGAGAAGGGCAUGGCCAAACGGAGGAACUGUGAUUUUCUUCGCUGCAUUGGUGCACGAUGGGGCAUCUUCAUAUUCUUUGUCGUGGUCGAGUUCUCCCAGAAGAAAACUAAGCUGCAAUUCUGUGUGUGAUUGCAAGGUGAUUUUUUUAGAGUUCCAGUCAAAUUGGAGGACUGUCAAAUCCUGCAAUGCUAAAUUAACACAAAAAGAUCAUUUAUUUUAAAGUCACAUUUAGCCUUAAUGUAAUCUCAAAGUGCUGCAUUUCAUAUGUAGUAAUUUGCUGCAAAGUGAAGGGAAGGUUAUUAUAAAUAAUGUUUGCAAGGGAGUCACCCUAAAUAAUUACCUACCUGCUGUUUGCUUUUUUGUCUGUUAUCAAAAUGUCUGUAUCCAUAGCAUGGCCAGCUGUAAAUUGUGCUUUGCUCUGAAUUUUUAGUGCUAGUAACAAACAAGGUCUGCAAUAGUUUAAGGAGUAUAUGUGCUGGCUAAAUGGCUUUUCUGGAGGAAUUAUGAUUUCUGUAGGAAUGCUUUGGAGUGAUGGUUGAUUAUGGAGCCUUGCUAACACAUGGAGAUAAUAGAUAUGACCAGUUCACUGUGCACUAAUACACUGCUAGAUUUUGAUAUUUAGCACACUGUUGAUAAGAUUUACUACUAAUUAUGGGUGGUAUUGUAAGCCACCUAAAUAACGUCCACGCAGUCUGGAGAGCUGUGUCACUGGUGAUCAGUAACAGAUCUUCCAUCCCAUCCCAGAAAAAAAAUCUUUGGCUGCAGUCUUUGUUUGUUUUGGGUUUGGUUUUGCAAGUUUGGUUACUUUUCUAGAUUAAGUCCUAUUUUACUCUUCCCUUGGAAUUUAUUUAAAUAAAUUUGAAAACCUUUCUGCUAAGUACCUUGAAGCAUCUCUUGCAACUGUUCAGUUACAAUCCAUGAGGUUGUGGUAUUACUUCUGUCAAAGAUGGAGAAAGCUGAAGCUGUUAAAAGUCAGGCUUCUCACUGCAUCCCUCUUCUUAGACCAUGGACGGAACAUUCGAAAAUUCAUAACCAGUAGCUUGAACUCUGUAGAACUGUUUGAUACUGUUUUCUUAUCCUCUCCAGAACAGUUUCCACCCCCCUGAAGGGUGUGUGGCCCUCUUGCCUGGCAUGGAAAAUUGACCUUUAAGAAUAAACAGUCUUAAAAAACAAGGCUUACAAGUCUUGUGGUUCAUGCUGAGCCUUUUGAAGGAUAACAUGUUGAGCUUGAGAACCUUUCCCAACCUCCGUUUCAUAAAUCUCCAGAUUUUGUUGUAAUGCAGAACACAAGCAACAUGGUGGCAUAGAAUAAAGUUAAUGGACUGUUCCAGAGAGCGUAUUUAGGAUACCCUCCUUCUUUUUCACUAGUAACUGCUAGGGGAAGAUACCAGUAGAAGAUACUGGUAUAAAACUUGCACUUCUUAAUGAAUAGAGCCAGAGGUCAAACUCUUGUUUUUUUCAACUUCUACCAUUCUGUCUUCUAAUGUCCUUCAUGGAAGGGUGAUAGAAAUAGUGGGAAAAUACUGACUACUGGAGAGUUAAAUAAUUUUGUUAUAUAUAAUAUGUCACAUAAGCUAUGGUCAUAAGUAGCUAGUACACCUAUUCUAUUUACAGUCUGCAAGAUGAUGCCUUCAGAGCAGGGAUUCCUGAAAUGCUGCCCAAGUGUCAUUACCAGUCCAAACCAUUUUGUGCCAGUUACUAAAAUGGUAUUGUAAAUCCUUGCAAUGUUUGAAAGUCUUUCUGGGCACACUGUAACUGAAAUCACAGCACAAGCGGUAUGUCUGUGGUAUCUUUGUGGUAUGAUGCCAUUUUCCCAGGAGGCCAAAAGUGUGUAAUAAAGUCUACUUUUUUAUUCCUUUCCCCGUGGUAAUAGUUAGAGAUGAUUGUUGGAGGAAUCAGCGACAGUAAGAAAAAAACAAUGAAUCCAAGGAAGAAAUAAAACUUAUCUCCGAUACAGUAUUUAAUGGUAGUAUUUACUGUCUGUUUAAGUGGCAGAUUAUUAAGAUUGCUCUUCAGAAUGCUUUUUAGCUUGCUUUGUUUUGUUAUUACUACUUAAGUGUCUUCUAAACUUCUCUUCUUUGGAAAUUGUGCCCCUCCCGGUUUGGCCUGAUGACUGGUAAUUUCACACUUACUCUUAUUUAUUUAAAGCCAUGGCAACCACCAUACUGAAAUGUCAUCAAGUAAAGUCCAGGUCUGAAUGCUGACUGAUGAUGCAAAGGUCUGCUCUCUAAUAAAAUGUGGCCGGUGAAGGAUGAGCUCCAAAAGGCAGCUACGCCCAGUCUUCAAGCAUUUGCUCUAAUUUCAAGGCUUUCCCAUGUGGUGUUGCUCAACAUGUAGCAAAACAAGUUCUUGCGAGCCCCUUGAGCAUUCCUCCGUGUGUAACAGAUUAGAUAUUCAGGCUUUGUUAGUUUUUAUCUCCUCCCCGCCCCCCCCCCCCCCCAAAAAAAAAAACCCCAAACACAGAACAGAAGACCCAACACAAGCAAAUCUUGGAGAAUUGUUUCACUUUGUUGCAAAGUGCUAUUUGUUAAUUACAGAGACACUUGGCGCAGUUCUGACAUGCGAGCCGUCAACAUAAACACUUACUUGCACCAGUCAUUUUGCUUUGGUUGCUCUUGGCUAAUUUGUAGGGGACAAAGGGAAGGGAAUAAAUGUUGCAAUAUAGUAUUGUGCAAUUUCUGGCUUUCAAAUAGAAAAUGAUGAGCAAGUCUGCAUAGGCCUCUCACCCACCAAAAUUUGGCCACUGAUUGUUACCACUCCCACUCUUCUUAAUUAGGAAUGGGUCUACUGAUUUCUUAAGGUCAAAAGGAAAGAAGGGUAGAGAUCUUAAGAGAGGGCAGUAUCAGGGCUGUUCUGCUGUGAAAGGCCCUGAGCCUCCUGGGCCUUAAAACUCCAGUUAAUCUGUUGGAUUACCUCGAGUUUAUGAUGUCUGAAGGUAAUUCUUAGGCUCCCUAUGCAGGAUCUUACCAGGAAAGGUGGCUUGGUCUGUACUGCUGAAUAAGUCUUGUUGGUGAAGUAGCUCUUCAGCUUUCUGUGUUUUUCAGUCUGUGGAGUUGUAGGACAUCCUUCCAGGGCAGUUUCUCUUUCCUGGAGUGGCUCAUCUAAGGCUGGCUUGUUCUUCCUGCAGUUUCUGCCUAUGCUGAAAAUCUUUCUGAGGUUUAGGGGACCACAUACAUGCCCUCGCUGUGUGGUGUUCAUGAUGGCUAAUGUUGUAUCACUCAAAACAGACCCCCUGAGAAAGGAGCAGCUCCAGAUAGGUGCAACUGGGAAAGAUGAAAUUCAUCAUUCUUUGAACAAUAUGUCUGUCUUUGAAUCAGUUGAAUAGAGCAACUAACUCCUAUCAACUAAAAAGGAGAGAGCUCCUGGGCAAUAGGACCCAGCUGUGAAAGCACUUGGUGGUUUCUGGUGCCUGGUUCUUGUUGAAGUCCGUGAUGCAGAAAACACUUAAUGCCCUGCAGUGCCAUAAGCCUUGCAGUAUCAUGGGCUGGGACUGCUGCUAGGAUCACGCAAGUGCUGUGGUCCUCAUUGGGAUUAGAGUCGUGCCACCUACUGAUCAAUGGACCAAAGGGAUCUCCUGAAGAGGAGAAGGAGCGCCUCCCUGCUGGGUAGCUGCCAGCAUCCCCAAGCUCUCUUUUUGUCUAAAAGGAGAAGUGCGAGCAAACUUCCACUUCCUACAGCUCUCAAAUCCAGACUGGUUCUUCCCAGGCCUUCAGGCAUGGCUCUGAAACUUUCUCAUUCAGGACAGCUGUUCAAAACGAAAGGUGGAGACAGAGCAGUUCAGAUUUGGCUUUGCUCUUCCAGCAGCUUACGUGCAACUAGUGGGUGGGUGGCUGUCUGCCUACAUCCUUUCCUGGGUUCUUGUAAGUUGGGUUUACAUGUACCUUCUUAUUCUGCCUUAUUAAAUUAGCUGGCACAGAGGAAGCCUCUGAGAAACCCUUUCAAAAUCUGUGCUUCAGGAAGAAUUUCAAAAAAUGACAGUAUUUGAAUAGAUUCAAAGAAGCCCCAAAGAAACAAAAAAAACCUGAACAACAAAACAAAUUACUUUGUAUGGGUACAGAAAUACUUCCCCUUUUUUUAAACCUGAUUAUUUUGGGGAACUCUUCAAACAGGUGUGCUGGCAAGGACAUUGCACACAGAUGGAGGUAAUAAUAGUGAAACAAAAUUCAGUAGCUACUCAUUUGCUGGAUUUGGUCAGGAGAGGUUUAUCAAGGACACUUCUGACAGCUUUUUUUCUGAUGCGGUGAUUUUUUUUUAUAUAAACAGAAGCUACAGGGCUUAAUAAUAUACAACUGAGGAUUAUGUCCAUUGUAAUUUUUUUACAUUACUUUUACAAACUAUGUAGUAUUAUAUUCAAAAUACUUAUUUCUGAGACAAAGUGGAUAUUAGUUGGCAUCUUGAACUUGAUUAAAUGUAAAACAUUUUCUUAAUUUAGUGAUGUGUUUAGAAUACUGUAACUUACUGAAUAUACAACAGUGAUAACUGUGUUUACAAGAAUUUUCCAGUUCCUACUGUUCAGUGGUAGCCAAUUUGUUUAAGAAUUAAAAGUAAGGCAUACUGCAAUUGGCAAUCUUGGAAAAAUUAAUUCAAUGCUGCUACCACUAAAUACUGUGGGAUGAAUACCUUGGGUUUCAAUGGCAGCAGAAUUGUAUUCCAAGCCUCUGUCUUAAGUACUUAUGACUAAAAGGCGACUUGCCUUGUGCUCAUUUAUGUAUCCCUGUGUGUAGUACAUCAAUUAGGUAUCUGUUAAUGAUUGAUUUGUAACACUAGGACCUUUAUGGAGAUCACAGUGGGGUUUUUGUUUGUUUUUGUUUGUUUCUGAACAGACAUGUAGACAUUUUGGAAUGUAUAACAUUGAUCCUUGUGCUGGAAUUGUUUACAUGCAAAAAGGUAUUUAUGAUUUUUUGCAAACUGCAAUGUGCAAUUUUGUACAUGUGUUUUAAACUAAAGAGUUUAUAAGGAAGAUAUUGUAUGUACAGUACUUGGACAUGAGUAUUAUUUCUUUGAUAUAAAUAUCUAGAGGAAAAUUAAAAUUGCUUUAUAUUCAUA